CCCUGCUUUUCCCUUCCUGUCUGAGGUGGCGGACCUCCCUUUCUCCAGCUCUGUGUCCCUUUCCUGGCUUCCCUCUCUCCUCAGCACCGAGACCAGCCUGAGCGCUCCCCUGCCUUCUCAGGGUGGCUGUACAACCCCUGCCUCUAGAAUCUCUGCCUCUCUUCUUUCACUGGGCUACAGUCCAUGCCUGGCCCCACCAUGAAUGAGGAGUACGACGUGAUCGUCCUGGGCACCGGCCUGACGGAAUGUAUCCUGUCAGGUAUAAUGUCAGUGAAUGGAAAGAAAGUUCUUCACAUGGAUAGAAACCCAUAUUAUGGAGGAGAGAGAGCAUCUAUAACACCUCUGGAAGAUUUAUACAAAAGAUUUAAAAUACCAGGAGCACCACCAGCAUCAAUGGGGAGAGGAAGAGACUGGAAUGUUGACUUAAUUCCCAAGUUCCUCAUGGCUAAUGGUCAGCUGGUUAAGAUGUUGCUUUAUACAGAGGUCACUCGCUAUAUGGAUUUCAAAGUGACUGAAGGGAGCUUUGUCUAUAAGGGAGGAAAAAUCUACAAGGUUCCUUCCACUGAAGCAGAAGCCCUGGCAUCUAGCUUAAUGGGGCUUUUUGAAAAACGUCGCUUCAGAAAAUUCCUAGUAUAUGUUGCCAAUUUCGAUUAAAAAGAUGGUAGAACAUUUGAAGGCAUUGAUCCUCAGAAGACCACGAUGUGAGAGGUGUACAAGAAGUUUGACUUGGGACAGGAUGUCAUAGAUUUUACCGGGCAUGCCCUGGCACUUUACAGAACUGACGACUAUUUAGAUCAGUCAUGUUGUGAAACCAUUAAUAGGAUUAAACUUUACAGUGAGUCUUUGGCAAGAUACGGCAAAAGCCCAUACCUUUAUCCACUCUAUGGCCUUGGAGAACUGCCACAAGGAUUUGCAAGGCUAAGUGCUAUUUAUGGAGGUACCUACAUGCUCAAUAAACCAAUUGAAGAAAUCAUUAUGGAAAAUGGAAAAGUGAUUGGUGUGAAAUCUGAAGGAGAGAUUGCUCGUUGUAAGCAGCUCAUCUGUGAUCCCAGCUAUGUAAAAGAUCAGGUAGCAAAAGUGAGCCAGGUGAUCAGGGUCAUCUGCAUCCUCAGCCACCCUAUCAAAAACACCAAUGAUGCCAACUCCUGCCAGAUCAUUAUUCCACAGAACCAAGUCAAUCGCAAGUCAGAUAUCUAUGUCUGCAUGAUUUCCUCUGCGCACAAUGUGGCAGCACAAGGGAAGUACAUUGCCAUAGUUAGUACUACUGUGGAGACCAAGGAACCCAAGAAAGAAAUCAGACCAGCUUUGGAACUCUUGGAACCAGCUGAACAGAAAUUUGUUAGCAUCAGUGACCUCCUUGUACCAAAAGAUUUGGGAACAGAAAGCCAGAUCUUUUCUUCUUACACAUAUGAUGCCACAACUCACUUUGAGACAACCUGUGAUGACAUUAAGGACAUCUAUAAGAGGAUGACAGGAUCAGAGUUUGACUUUGAGGAAAUGAAGUGCAAGAAAAAUGACAUCUAUGGGGAAGACUAACAGCAGUACAUGUUACCUAAUUAGGACAAACUUAAGAUUUGGCAAAUAAUGCGUAUUGUAUUGAAAUCAAUAAAGGCCUGCUUUUGUAAUCAAAACAGAUUGCAGAGCACUGUACCAGUAAAUAUUCCUCCCCUUUCUAAUAUCAUGUAUUAACUUGUUUUCAUGGAGUGGCUAUUCAGAAUUGGCAAGUUACCACAUUCUGUUCAAUUUAACCAAUACUGGCUUUUUUUUUCUAGUGAAGGAUAAGUUUUAAAAAAAAUGUGAUGUUGAUGCAGAGAACUUGAUACAGUAUUUGUAUCUUGCAGCCUUUGCAAUUAUGCACUUCUG